UUGAGAAUUUUGGUAUCGCAUUUGGCAUUCUUCUCGUUCACCUCGAGGACGUCCUCGACCAAUUCACUACUCCAGAGUUCCCCUCCAUCCACAAAGGCUAUUAUAAAUUCGGCUGCUAAUUAAACGUGUACAUCACCGGCAGCUAAAAGUCAUGGCUCUUAAACAAGUCCUGGCCUUCCUGAUCCUGUUCUUAGCCACUGGCACUCUCCGGUACUCCGCCUUCGCGAGUGACCCCGACAUCCUCGUGGACUUCAUCCCUCCGCCGGAGGGUACUCCCGUCGACGGCAGCUACUUCGCCUUCAGUGGCCUCCGGUCGGUGGUUGGCGGUCGGUUGCCGCCGGCCAAUUUCACGGUGACCAAAGCCAGCAUGAGCAACUUCCCGGCGCUGAACGGGCAGAGCGUGUCGAUGGCCGUGCUAACGUACCCCCAAGGAAGCGUCAACCAGCUGCACACGCACCCGCGCGCUGCCGAGCUGCUGCUGCUGAUGCAGGGCAACUUGGAGGUUGGAUUCGUGGACACGGCCAACAAGCUCUACACUCGAUCACUGCAGCGCGGGGACGCGUUCGUGUUCCCCAAGGGCCUCGUGCACUUCCAGUUCAACUGUGGCAAGGGACCGGCCGUAGCCGUUUCGGCAUUCGGCAGCGCCAAUGCUGGCACUGUGUCUGUUCCCCAGAGCACCUUUGGGGUGGACAUCGACGACGGUAUACUUGCAGCUUCGUUCAAGACCGACGCGGCGACGAUUCAGAAGCUCAAGGCCGGCCUUCGAGGCCCCAAGUGAAGCGCGAGAGGUUAUUUUGCCGGUUCAAUGUUUCUGAAGGACCGUCGUGCUUGAAAUAAGAACUUGAUGAUUGAAAAAGACGAAAAUAUGUGAUUCUGAGAGGCUAAUUAAUUGUCUCAUUAAACA